AUGGCGUCGCUCAACAGCUUACCCCUUGAAAUCUUGGGUAUGAUAUUCAAGAAUUCUGACCGCAUCGAGACGCUGUCGUCCGCGAUCCUCGUCUGCCGCCGUUUAUGCGCCUCAUUCCGCACGGCUUCUUGCGUUCCCGAGGUCGUGCUCUACCGUCAAAUCCCCCCGACGGUGCUCCCAUACGCCAUCGCUUGGGAGGAAGCACGAUGCCUCCACCCCGAUCCGGUUGACACCUCAAUCAUGGCUGUGAUCGACCAAAUCAACAAUCAGCCGGACUUGCUUAUCGCCCGAGCAUUCAAGUUUCCCAUGGCACGCCUUAUCAAAAUGAGCCGUACGCACGACAGGAUGCACGGCUUCGUCAUGGACUAUGCGAAACAAGCCCGAGCCCUCAUCGAUCCUGAAAGCGUAGGAGAUGCGGUGGUCCUCACGUCAACCGAGUAUACACGGUUUUGUCGCGCCUUUUACCGCGUUGAUCUCUGCAACCUGUUGCUUGAGCUAUUCGGCAGCGGGCCUGCGAUCGACCCGAGUCUUCUCCACGCUUAUUUCCCUUGGGAGAACGAGCAAGUUGCCAGUGCUUUGGAAUACCUGAGAGACAGCUUUAUCAGGGCUACGUAUGAGGCCAUGGCCCACGAUGUCGAGCUUGGCGCCCGCACAUUCGAGGUUUCCGAACGCUUGGAGAAUAGGAUGAUGUUGUUCAACCACGCCUGGCCGAUAUAUCAUUCCAAGGCCAAAUCCAUCACGGAAAUGGUGUUCUCCCUAGAGCAAUAUGGCUCCUAUGAGGCUACUAGUCGCACUCUGGAGUCUGUGCGACUAGGCCCGGCUGUGAUUUGGGGUGAUGGGCCGAAUCUAGAGCGAGGACUGUGCAGAGCUGCAGCUCUUUCUUUGGUCGAGGCUUUCGUGAACCCAUCGUCGUGGCCACCUCACGCCGGCCAACUUCGGAUACGCAACGUGCUGGAGAAAACAUUGUUCCAGCAUAUAUUGACAGCGUGUACCUGGACCGAAGACGGCCGACGCCUGCGCACACCGACUACGGCUGACGCAGCGGGCCCAGCAGACAAAGACUCAUUCUUGGUCUGGCGCAAGGCGCAUGCAGAACACACCAUUCCCGAUACCAUGCUUACCAUCCGCUCGACUCGAGAUGGUUGGCUCCGCAGGCGCGCUUACUUGUUUUGGGAUGAGGAACGGGUUCAGCUCACCAUGGGAAAAAAUCCUGGAUCCGGACGGUUCACUGUUCCUCAGACAAUCCCGGACGAGUCGUGGAAGGAGAGAGCUCGGAUUUGGAAACAUGGGGGCAGCGGCUACUGGAGCGAGGGGGGCAUGAGCGGAGUGGUCUGGGGAGGGCCUGAUCGAGCCAUUCCUUUUAUUUGA